UUUACCCAAUAUAUUCCGUCUCCGAAGCCACGACGGAGAAUGCAAGGCGUGAACGAUGUGGGAACUUUUGUACUACCCGCCGUGGGCCAGAUCGGCCAUGACGGCUUUCGGUCAGUUUUCACCAGGUUGAUGGCUUCCGGAGCAAGCAUGCCACCUUGA